AUGAAGAAGAAAAAGAAGGCGGUGGAACCGGCGGCCAAGAGUCGCGGGCCACGGAAGCGGAGCCGCGACGAUGAGCUCGUCAGCGGCGGCGAUCUCAUCACCCACGGUGAUCUCAUCAGCAAACUCCCCGAUGACAUCCUCUGCACAAUCAUCUCCCUCCUGCCCACCAAAGACGGCGCACGCACCCAGGCUGUCGCUCGCCGAUGGCGUCCCCUCUGGCGCUCAGCGCCCCUCAACCUCGACGCCUCCAAACACCUCUGUUCCAACGACUUCAAGCGCUUCUCCCUCAUCUCCAAGAUCCUCUCCGACCACCCUGGCCCCGCCCGCCGCUUCGUCGUCUAUUCCAUCCGCCUCCACAUAGCGGAAAAGAGGUAUGCCGAGGAAGCCGCUCAGAUCGAGAACUGGUUCGUCUUCCCUGCCCUUGACAACCUUCAGGAGCUCGACAUCAACUUUAGGCAGCCCUUUCUCUCUGGACGUGAGAACCGUUUCCCGCUGCCACCAUCCGCGUUCCGCUUAGCACCAACCCUCCUUGUGGCAAAAAUUGGCCUCUGCAAAUUCCCAAAUGAUAUUGCCCAUUCGCUGAGUUUUCCCUUGCUCAAGCAGCUCACCUUAUUCCGCGUCUCCAUUUCCGAGGAUGCCUUCUCUGGGGUGCUCUCUGGUUGCCGUGUGUUGGAGUCACUUAAAUUGCAGGGUAUUCCUGAUGUGAAUUGUCUCCGCAUUAGCUCGACAACUCUCAGGAUCAUCAUCGUCUGCUCUUUGUUUGAGAGGAAAGGAGAAUUGUUCAUUGAGGACGCCCCUUGCCUUGAAAGGCUGCUGCUAAAUCCGGGCACAGGCCGUGACCGUGAGACUAUCCGGGUAAUUAAGGCACCUAAAUUGGAGAUAUUGGGCCUUUUAUCUGCCCGAAUCCCAGAAAUUGAGAUUGCUAAUAUAGUCUUCCAGCGAUUGAUCCCAUCCAGUUUGAAAGUCACAAUAUGCACUGUAAAGGUUUUGGCUCUCCAUUUCUUUAGCCCUGAUUUGGAUGCAGUUCUUGACAUCCUUAGAUGCUUCCCCUGCUUGGAAAAGCUCUAUGUCUUUAGGCACUAUUUUACGUGGGCAGCGAUAGAAAAUGUGCCUCGGUAUGAGUCACUAGAUCCAAUCAAAUGCCUUGAGAGGCAUCUCAAAGUACUGGUUCUGAAAAAUUACAAAGGUGGUGAGGAAGAUGUUGGAUUUGCAAAGUUCUUCGUUUUGAAUGCAAAAGUGGUAAAGGAAAUCAACUUUCAAGUGUAUAAGGAGAUUCGUAUCGACAAGAAAUGGAUGACUCGUCAACUCAGGCUGCUAGAAGUGAAAAAUAGAGCUUCUCAAGACGCCCGAUUGAAAUUUGGAAGAAGUUCUGCUAGUUGGAUUCGCUGUUUGGAUCCCGGCCAGGACUUGUCAAUUGCCGACCCUUUCAACUGUUGUUUUGUAGAUGCUCCUUCAGAAGCAUAUCCGUGA